CACUAACACAGCGUCUCACAACACAUAAGGCGGAAUAAUGCAAGGUGACGAAGAGGCUCGAAGAUGGCCUUGAGUGUGGCAGACAGAGCCAUUGGGGCCAUUAUCGGGGCAGCAGUGGCAGAUGCAGCAGCCCAGCCCAUGCACUGGAUCUACAAUCCAGACAGGCUCAAAGAAGUUCUCUCUGAUCUUGAGCCCUCUCCGGAGUUUCGGCCCCAGUCAGCGAAUCCUUUCUACCACAGGGAGACAGGCGAGCAGACCUGCUAUGGAGACCAGGCGUACGUCCUGCUGGAAUCACUGAGUCAGUGUGGAGAUGUAGAUGUACAAGACUUGACCCGCCGCAUCUACAAGUUCUUUGGCCCAGGAACAGUGUACGACCUGCCUCUCAAUGAUCCUUACCGGAAGAAAGGAGGCCCCAAAGCCAUUCUCCCCAUUGACGGCCCAUGGAGGAACGGGAGCCUGAAAGCUUUCUUCAGAAAUGUUGACGCUGGCAAAGAAGAAACUGGCUCUGAUGUGGACUGUCAGAUGGAUGGUGUGACCAAGCUGGCUCCAGUGGUGGCCAUGUACGCUGGACGACCUGAAAUGCUGGAGAAAGUGGAGGAAGCCAUGCGGGUCACCCAGAAUAAUGAUAUGUGUGUGGCUGUGACAUUGGCUGCAGCGAGGUUUUUGGAGCAUUUCAUUCUGAAUGGUCCAGACCACAAUGUUCUGGAUGCAGUUCUGGCUCAGUUGAAUGACCCGAAGAGACAGAACCCUCAGGAUCUGGACAGGGCUGUCAUUGCGCAUAUCCACCAGGUGAAGGACAACCUAGCCAAGACAUCCCAACAGCUUGUACCUGCUGUGUUCACCAACACAUGAGCUUUGCCCGGUGCGUUCCAGGGAGCGCUUCAUGUAGUCCUGACGCAGAACCAGUUGGAUGAAGGCGUCAGGGUCACCAUGCGCUGCGGGGGAUGCACCGCCAGCCGAGCCUCCUUCAUAGGAGCCUGUUUUGGGGCACAGACCGGCCUCCAGGGAAUCCCACAGUCUUGGAGGGAGAGGACAUUCAGAUAUCCUCUGCUGUUGGAGCUGGCUGAAAAUGUGGUCAAAAAAAGUCAACAAUCGUAGUUCAGCUUUGAAUUUGUCCUGUUUAUCACCUAUGGAGUAUUUAUGGAGUGUGGAUAAUUGCCUUUCAAUGCUAAUAUUGAAGACUCUCUAAAGUUGCAGAUGUACUUUGACAUGACAAUCCAUGACAGUCGCAUUCUAAAGUCUUGUACUGAGUGAAACUUGAAUCUAUUUGCUCUGUCAAAGCCACAUUAUGCAAUAAAAUGAAAGUCUGCAAAGUAUUUACGCUGUGUUGAGGACAUGAUACACAUUUCUCCACAGCAGCUGUGUCAAAAAACAACAGUAGCCAAUAAAGAACUUUAAUGUCA